CUCUGACCAGUAACUAUCAAAGUGAAAUCAAAUUCAAAUCCCACUUGCCACCUGAUUGAAAAAAAAUUCAAAGAAUAUUGUUUUCAUUCAGAAAAUUAAAGAGGCUGUCCUUUCGAUACUGAUUCUUCUCUUUCGCUUGCGGUUCUUUGUCGUCCACCAUCAUGUGGUUGUCAAAGGGACGAGUCACCCUUUGUUCUACCAUUUAGGUGGAUAUAUUCCCCCACCACCUUUUUUCCUCCUGCUUAUAAGGAGCUCCCUAUGGUGAUUUCCAGCUCCCAUAGCAAUCCAUAAUCUGUUUUUCUUCUGUUGAAAUCAAAAUUCAAUCACAUUUAUUCUUUCAAGCUAAUGGCAUCCAAUUCUCUCACCUCCUUAAGAAACUCUUCCUCUUCUUGGACACCUAAGCAGAACAAGCAGUUCGAAAAGGCCCUGGCUUUAUACGAUAAGGACACCCCUGAUCGCUGGCAGAAUGUGGCAAAAGCUGUAGGUGGGAAAUCUCCAGAGGAAGUCAAGAGACACUAUGAAAUUCUUAUUAAGGAUGUCAGGGAAAUUGAAUCCGGCCGAGUUCCAUUUCCUAAUUACAGGUCCGGUCGAAAAACCAACUAAUGGCAUUGCCUUCCAAGUUUCAAGUGCAGAGGUUAGUUGCUGUUUUAUUUUGGGCUAAAAGUGAUUCUUCUACCCUAUUCUCUGCCAUGCAGGCUCCCUCAUGUGUCAAAAGCUAAAGCUGACCAAAAGAUGCAGCUCAGUGGCAUGAUUGAGAAUGUAAUACUCCAAAUUUUUAAAGUUAUUAUUUUGUGAGUAAUAUUAAUAUUUUAAUUUUAUUUAAA